AUGGCUUACUUUUGUAAACAUCAUUUAUGUCGUCAAAUGAUGCGCUAUGUUUCCUUCCUUCGCCAGGUCAACUGGAGUGACGCGACCCGUUCAGGGUUCAGGUGUGAAGGCCCUAUAAACAAGCGUAUAAUUGCUAGCAAGCAUCAAUCUUUGCAGAGAAACUGUGCAGUAACAAUGGAAGAGGAGGACGAUGAUACCCAUCAGUGUCGGGCCUGCAAAAUGGUCAUCCAAGGACUGGACAACUACGUCCAGCACAGAAAGUUCUCUUGUGUUCGUCUGGCGGGCAAAAAGUCUCAGAUAGAUGAAGGUAAAACUUGCCACAUUCCUGUGGCCAGUGACAGUGCCUCAAAAUGUUCUGACUAUUUUAGGGUCGCCAAUUCAGAAGAAGAUGACAAGGUAGACGUAUUAUCGGAGGCAUUCACAGCUACAUGCACCGACAAAACUGGUCCUGGCACACAGAAUGAAAAUCACCCUGGAUCAAGCUCCUUCCAGAGUCCAAUAUCUGAAAGUGAAAGAGAUGAUGCUGAGAAUGUGCAUAGCCAGUCCCUUGAGGACACAGAAGAAUCAGACAGACUUCCAAUGAUUAUGACUGUGGAAUGUGUGGAUGUGGAGGAUCAACCUGAAGAACCAAGGAAGAUUCCAUUCUUUCUACAACAACACACAUCAAGGAUGGACUUUUCCUGUAAGGCGUGUGCAAUGGAGUUUAGCAACACCUUCAAACUCAAGCAACAUUUUGCCAGCAAAGCACAUCAUAUAAAAGUUGGCUAUGCUAAAAAGAAUGCUGAGAAAACCAAGGAGAACGGGUCAGGAGAAGGUGAAAGAUCCAGGAGUCCUUCCAUGGCCAUGACAGUGGACUGUGUCAAUGAUGAUUUCAGCUCUGACGACGGUUGUGGAUUUGGUCCAGAAGACAUAGAGGAUGGAGACAGACUUCAUGAUGAAGACACUCCUGAUGCCACAGAUUCUGCUUCAAAGAUGGAUACUGACGUACAGGAUACCUACUGUGACGUAUGUAAAUAUGAUUACGGUUAUCCAUCCAGGUUAAAGGCACACCUUAAGACUGAAAAGCACCUCAGAGUAGUGGCAGCUCUUGGCGGUACAGCCCAAAGUGAGAGCUAUUGUGAAGUUUGUCAAAAGGAUUUUUGGUCCUAUUCGAAAUUGGAAAAACACCUUUCUAGUAAAAGACAUAUCCAAGCAGCCGGUAAAGCCACAACCAAUACCAGGGAGAAGUCUAACAAGGAUACAACAGUCAAAGUGGGGGAAGAUAUCAAGAGAGGCAAUGAAGGACAGGAUACCUACUGUGACAUAUGUAAAUAUGAGUACAGUUAUCCAUCUAGAUUAGAAGCACACCUUAAAACUGAGAAACACCUGAGAGCAGCAGCAGCCCUUGGUGAAACAGUCAAUGAUGAAGACUCUCCCGAUGCCACCACAGACAUUCCCAAUGAGACAGCUGGCAUGAAGUCAGAGACGGAAAGCAGCAUGCAAAAUGUUGAGGAAUCUGCAACCAGAAAUCAAGGGGAAGCCGUGAAAGAAGAGAGUAACAGGGAAGAAGCCAGUAAGGAGACCAAUGUUGAUGUCACCACGGAAAGGAACAUGCAAAAUGAUCGCAGGGUUCGGAGUGAGAAGAAACGAAAGAAAAGGAAGAAGAAAUUGACUCAGAUUGAUAAUUCUGAUUGUUCUUCAGCUGUAGAUCCUGAUGAGCACCCUGAAGCAUCAGAUGACAAUGUUUACAGGAAGAAGGCAAGAAAUAAUGGAACUGCCCCCAAUCAUGCAAAGCUUAAACGAAAAAGGAAGAAGUACAGAGAACGUGUGAAAGUUGGCAAGAAACUUGCAUGCAAGUAUUGUAACACGGACUUUUCCACUGCAUCUCACCUGUACAAACAUGCAGUAAGGUAUCUUGAAAAAAAAGGAGAUCACAACCCUCUUUAUCUGUGUUACCCUUGUAGGCAUGUGGCCUACAGCAGCGAGG